UCAUCAUCAUCAUCAUCUCCGUUAAGUUUCUCUCUUCUUAAAUUCUAUUCACGAGAAAAGUGUUAUGGUCAAUCAAACUCAAAAAACCUUUCUUUUCAGCUCUUAAAACUGCUUCUUCAUUCACCCUUUACACUCUUUUACACUGGAUCACCAAAGUUAUAUCCAAAAAGUAAUUUGUAUAAGAAACAACAUCCAUUGAUAACUUUUACAUAAAGGUGAAGAAAAGAUGUUACAACCAAAUAUGUUUGAUAGUCAUCAUCAUCUUCUUGAUAUGAGCCACAAGACCUCAGAAAAUGAACUUGAUAUGCUUAGAGAUGAUGACUAUGAGAGCAAAUCCGGCACCGAUAUUAUGGAAGCUCCCUCAGGCGAUGAACAAGAUCCUAAUCAACGCCCCAAUAAAAAGAAACGAUAUCAUCGUCAUACUCAACAUCAAAUUCAAGAAAUGGAAUCGUUUUUCAAAGAAUGCCCACAUCCAGAUGAUAAGCAAAGAAAGGAACUAGGCAGAAGAUUAUCCUUGGAACCUUUACAAGUCAAAUUUUGGUUCCAAAAUAAACGUACUCAAAUGAAGGCUCAACACGAACGCUGUGAAAAUACACAACUAAGGAAUGAGAACGAAAAGCUACGAUCUGAGAACAUACGUUACAAAGAAGCCCUAGCUAAUGCUACUUGUCCAAGCUGUGGUGGUCCUGCUGCUAUUGGAGAGAUGUCUUUUGAUGAACAACAUUUGAGGAUAGAAAACGCACGGCUGCGUGAAGAGAUUGAUAGGAUAUCUGCAAUCGCGGCCAAGUAUGUUGGCAAACCGAUGUUGAAUUACCCCAAUAUGUCGCCUCAUGGAUCAACUCGCUCACUUGACCUAGGUGUGACUGGCUUUAGUCCACAACAAGGGUUGGCAGGAGAUAUCUUUGGGGCCAAUGACCUUCUCCGGUCUGUUUCAGGCCCAACGGAAGCCGACAAGCCAAUUAUCAUCGAGCUAGCAGUUGCAGCAAUGGAAGAGCUAAUCAGAAUGGCUCAGGCUGGGGAACCUUUAUGGGUUCCAAACUUGGAUAAUUCAUCCGAGACCUUGAAUGAAGACGAGUACCUGCGGACGUUCCCUAGAGGGAUUGGACCAAAACCACUGGAUUUCAAAUCUGAGGCUUCGCGGGAUUCAGAAGUUGUGAUUAUGAAUCAUAUCACUCUUGUUGAAAUUCUGAUGGAUGUGAAUCAAUGGUCAAAUGUGUUUUCUGGCAUUGUUUCAAGAGCGAUGACCUUGGAAGUGCUUUCAACAGGAGUUGCUGGCAAUUACAAUGGAGCUCUGCAAGUGAUGACAGCAGAGUUUCAAGUUCCUUCACCGCUUGUUCCGACUAGAGAAAACUACUUUGUAAGGUACUGUAAACAACAUGCAGAUGGUACUUGGGCUGUGGUUGAUGUAUCAUUGGACAAUUUACGUCCUUCUGCCGCCCCAAGAAGUAGAAGAAGGCCUUCUGGUUGCUUGAUUCAGGAACUACCCAAUGGGUAUUCAAAGGUCACCUGGGUUGAACAUGUUGAAGUCGACGAUAGAGCCGUUCACAAUAUCUAUAGGUUACUAGUGAACUCUGGUCUAGGAUUUGGUGCAAAGAGAUGGGUUGCAACUUUAGAGAGGCAAUGCGAACGACUUGCAAGCGCAAUGGCUAGCAACAUUCCGGCAGGAGAAGUUGGAGUUAUAACCUCACCAGAAGGAAGAAAGAGCAUGCUGAAGCUAGCAGAGAGAAUGGUUUUGAGCUUUUGCAGUGGUGUUGGAGCUUCAACUGCACACACUUGGACAACUUUAUCCGGUAGUGGUGCCGAUGAUGUUCGAGUAAUGACCCGCAAGAGUAUGGAUGACCCAGGCAGACCUCCUGGUAUUGUCUUAAGUGCUGCAACUUCAUUCUGGAUACCCGUCGAACCAAAACGUGUUUUUGAUUUCCUACGAGAUGAACACUCUAGGAGUAAGUGGGACAUUCUUUCAAAUGGUGGUCUAGUUCAAGAAAUGGCACAUAUCGCCAAUGGCCGUGAUCCAGGAAACUGUGUCUCCCUGCUUCGUGUUAAUAGUGCAAAUUCGAGCCAAAGCAACAUGCUCAUACUACAAGAAAGUUCAAGUGAUUCUACAGGGUCCUAUGUUAUAUACGCUCCGGUAGAUAUUGUAGCAAUGAAUGUGGUGCUUAGUGGCGGUGAUCCGGAUUAUGUUGCCUUAUUACCGUCCGGAUUUGCUAUACUUCCGGAUGGACCAGGACAACACCAAGGAGGAACCUUGGUAGGAACAUGCGGAACAUUAUUGACAGUGGCGUUCCAGAUUUUAGUAGAUUCGGUUCCUACAGCCAAAUUAUCACUAGGGUCCGUAGCAACAGUUAAUAGUCUAAUCAAGUGCACAGUGGAAAAGAUCAAAGCCGCAGUAUCUUCUCCAUGAACAAACUUAUGGGUGUCAUAUAAGAAGAAAGUGUUCAAGGGAAUAAAGAUUAAUGAAGGCCGGAAUGUAAACUCUUCAUCUUUUGAAACAAUUGGAAGAAUGAAGUCAAGAACGCACCUUAAAACGACCCUUGAAUUGUGGUGAUUUUGUGAUCAAUCUGCAAGAAAGCAUUGUCAACAUCCUUCAAGGGUUGUAGGUUCGGGUAUUGACUUUGCCUGUUAAAGUUUAAGAGAGUAAAUUACGACCUUGUUACAAUCAAAAAUUCCCAAUAUGUUCUUUUGCUUAAUCUAGGGUUUAAUUAGAGGUUUUCUCAAUUGCAUUGUGUUUUGUAGUUUCCUAACAAUUGACUCGCUGCUUCUAAUUAAAUUUAUUUCGUAUUUUGUCCUAA